AUGGUCGCCAUCAGCCAGCUCAUCCUCCUCGCCGUUUCGGCCACCGCCUCCGUCAUCCCCCGUGAUGCCGCCACCGUCCAGGCUGACCUCAAGACCAUCAACACCGACACCACCACCUUGACCUCCAAGGUGCAGGCUUACAACGGCGGUGCUGCCAACGCCCUGCCAAUCCAGUCGGCCGAGAACCAGCUCGAGAAGGACCUCAAGUCCGCCAACACCGACGCCGGCAACAGCGCCGUGGUCAGCGCCACCGACGCCCAGUCCAUCAUCGACUACAUCAACAACACCCUCGAGCCCAACAUCGCCAAGUCCAUCCAAGCCCUCGAGGCCAAGAAGUCCAACUUCCAGACCGACGGCCUCGCCGGCACCGUCCUCACCGACCUGAAGAACAUCAAGAACGAGACCGACACCCUCGGCGCCACCCUCAAGACCAAGACCCCAGCCGCCAAGCAGUCCGCUGCCCAGGCCGCUCUUGACAAGAUCGACAACGACCUCCAGGGUGGCAUCAACUACUUCUCUUAG